CUCAAUCAGAUUCAGAAGGCGAGCCAACUGGUACUAGUGGAGGGCGUGGCUAGCUAGCUAGCAAGCAGGCAAGGACAAUCAAUUCAGAUGGCAAUAAGCCCCAGGAGCACUGCCCUGGCCACCGCCCUGCUCGUCGUCGCCGCCGCCGCCAUCUGCGCUGCUGCGGCUCGGCUGCCUCCGCCUUCGGCUACGAACGACACUAGUUUGUCCCACUACUUCUACGUGGAGUCGUGCCCGCAGCUGGAGACCAUCGUGCGCUCCGCCGUGGACAACGCCAUCCGCCUGGAUGUCCGACUCACCGCCGGCCUCCUCCGCAUCUUCUUCCACGACUGCUUCCCUCAGGGGUGCGACGCGUCCAUCCUUCUCGACAAUGGCGAGCGGCUGCUCGCACCCAACGUGGGGCUGCAGCAAGGGGCGCUCCAGCUCAUCGAGGACAUCCGCGCCAAGGUGCACGCCGCCUGCGGACCCACCGUCUCCUGCGCCGACAUCCUCGUCCUCGCCACCCGCGACGCCGUCAACCUGGCCGGAGGCCCAGCCUUCACCGUGCCCCUGGGUCGCCUCGACAGCCGCGCGCCCGCUUCCGACAGCGACGUCUUCGCACUCCCGCCACCGACCAGCAGCGUCGACGAGCUCCUUGGCGCGUUCAACAGUAGGAACCUCUCUGACCCCGCCGACCUCGUCGCGCUCUCCGGCGCGCACACCGUCGGGAAGGCACGGUGCAACUCCUUCACCGACCGCACCAACCCCCCCAAGGACGACAUCUCCAGGUGCCUCUCCGAGUUCUGCUCAUCCGGCGACGGGAACCGGCUGCGCGACCUGGACUUCCUCACGCCGGAGGUGUUCGACAACAUGUACUACAUUGACCUGAUGCUGAACAAGGGGGUGAUGCUCACCUCCGACCAGGGGCUGGCCAGCGACGGUCGCACCAGCUGGCUCGUCAAGGGAUUCGCCGACAACCACUGGUGGUUCUUCGACCAGUUCUCAACCUCCAUGAUCAAGAUGAGCAAGCUUAAGGGACCGCAAGGAAACGUCGGCGAGAUCCGUGGCAACUGCUUCAGGCCCAACAGCCCCGGCACCGCUAUCGAUGCCGGCGCCGGCGGCGAGGGCCUUGCAGCCUCUGCUUGACCUUGCUCGAGAUCACCAAACAUUAAUUAGCAUGGCAUGGUCUAGCUAGCAAGCUUCAAAUAACAUAACUUUGGAAAUAAAGAAAAGAGGAAUUUCCUCCUUGGAUCC